CCCUCUCCCUUUCUCCUUUACUCUCAUUUUCAUUCUCUGUCUCCCUCCAUACCAGAAGCGCGCGAAGCGGUGGCGUGUGGGGACGCAAGACGCCAGAAUAGAAUGAGGAUUUGAUAACAGAUGCAAAUUAUCGUGAAAGGACGCAGCAAAAUAUGAAACAUAUAAUUUACAGAGGAGUAAAUGACAGAAAACUGUUUGGGAACUGGCUCCCUGCACCCGAACUGUGAUGCUGGAUCUUCUAAGCGUCGCGUAUUCUUGGAAGCUGAAUAGCCGUGGCUUUAAAGAGGCUGUUUAAAAAAGGUAUACAAACACAAGUUCUCCUGUUGUUGGACGCUUAUUGUGGUCUUUAUUUAUUUUUGCUUCAGAAUAAUCGGGUGUGGCUAGACUGUCCCAGGCUCACGUAUUAAAACAAUUCAAUAUAAAACAACCACUCGUCAAAAACAUCGACUGCAGCAAAAAAUGAGCUCCUAUUUUGUCAACUCCCUCUUCUCCAAAUACAAAAGUGGUGACACAUUACGCCCUAAUUAUUACGAGUGCGGUUUUGCGCAGGACCUGGGGACUAGACCCACCGUCGUGUACGGUCCAGGCACAGGAGCAACUUUCCAGCAUGCCCCACAGAUUCAGGAGUUUUACCACCACGGCGCGUCCACGCUCUCGGCUGCACCUUACCAACAAAGUCCAUGUGCCGUAACCUGCCAUGGCGAACCUGGCAACUUCUAUGGCUACGAUGCUCUCCAAAGGCAAACACUCUUCAGUGCUCAGGACGCCGACUUGGUCCAGUAUAGCGAUUGCAAACUCGCCGCGGGAGGCAUCGGCGACGAGACGGAUAACACGGAGCAGAGUCCUUCUCCUACGCAGCUUUUCCCCUGGAUGCGACCACAAGUAGCUGCCGGACGCAGACGAGGCCGCCAGACUUACAGCCGCUACCAGACACUUGAGCUGGAGAAGGAGUUCCUCUUCAAUCCGUACCUGACACGCAAACGACGCAUUGAGGUGUCGCAUGCCUUAGGACUUACUGAACGGCAGGUCAAGAUCUGGUUUCAAAACAGACGUAUGAAAUGGAAAAAAGAAAACAACAAAGACAAGUUUCCUAGUAGUAAGUCUGAACAGGAGGCAAUUGAAAAGGAGAAGCGGGAGAAGGAGCAGGCGGCUGGAGCACAGUCAGAAAAAGAAGACUGCGAAAAGGCGAAACAAAUAUAGAACGGAUGUCAAGAGCAGACAGCAAUCAGGAGCGCACUCACAGACACACAGACAGACACACAGACAGACACACAGACAGACACACAGACAGACAGACAGACAGACACACACACACACACACACACACACACACACACACACACACACACACACACACACACACACACACUAUUAAAAAGGACAUCGAGGGGGUGAAGACAAAACAGGAAGGUUUGUCGAAUAGAUUUUCAGUCUACGAUUAGUAGAUAUAAAUAGUCAUAUAGAUGAGCGGCCAUGGAGAAAAAGAACUCUAAAUCUGCGUGAUCAUCGAACUAUGACAAAAGACAUGAAGCAUUUCUACCUUUUCCUAAUGUUCAGAGAGUAGGCCUAUUAUAGUGUGUAAAUUAGCCUCCUUACUUCGUGGAAUAAAUAUUGUGAAAACUUGGUUUCUAUUGUUAGAUUUUUGACAUUAACCUUAUCUCGGCAGCUGUAUAGUUCUUAAGUUAAAUGGUGCACUUUUAACUCUUGUCACUUAUAUGUUAUGAUGACGUAUCGACUAAUGACAUCCAACAACAUGAAACUGCCUAUUUAUGCCGUAGCAUAUCUUUUUACACUUACUAAGUUUCUUUCAAAUUCCUUCCUUUCAUGGGUUAAGCAUGCGCACAGUGGAAGAAAUGAAUGAAAAGGAAAUAAAAAGGAUGUAAUGUGACCCUUUGUUUACUGUGAGACAGAUUUUUUUGUACUGUAUUCGUGCAUUUGUUCAUUGAAACUUGGCAAUAUGCUUUCAUUGUUCUUCACUUUGUUCUAUUGACUAAACCUUGAAAAAGACAAAUAAAGUGGGCACAAUAAAGUUUACAGGCGAGAAUCGAUGAUGUGA